CCUGCGACGUCACACAGCAGCGGGACUAUAAAACCGAGAGGCGCAAGCCAAACCCCACCCCUCCCUCGCAUCCUCUCUCUCCUUCACCCUGUUUUCUGUCUUGAGGAGUUUGUUCAAGGGUUCAGUGAGAGUGAGAGGACGGAUGUGGGCUUAUUACCUGACAGCGUUUUAUCUCUCCUAAACACUGCUGCUUUCACCUGCCGUCGGGACUAUUUGGGGAUUUUUCAUGCCAGAAAAUUUGUUCCUGAUGCCCCAACGUUCAUAGAGCUUCAAGACAACGGAAAGUGAAGUACCGCAGUAUCAUGACCAGGAAGGUUUUCACCAACACACGCGAGCGCUGGCGCCAACAUAACGUCAACACAGCUUUCGCGGAGCUGCGGAAACUCAUUCCCACGCACCCGCCUGAGAAAAAGCUCAGCAAGAACGAGAUCCUGCGGCUGGCCAUGCGCUACAUCAACUUCCUGGUGACUCUGCUGGAGAGCCAGGGCGGAGAGCCGUCGACUCACUCGCAAGCCGCGCUCCUCACGCUGCUCACGGGGAACAUGCAGAACCUGCGCACCGACCGCACCUGGACCAGCGACACCGACCCGCCAUCGCCCGGGUCCAGCUGCGACGGCUCAGAAGCGUGGUAGAGCUAAACCAACUGAGGCGUGAGCAUUCUGUGACUGUGACAUUUUUUUUGAAAGUUCCAUCGCCACGGAGAGACAAAGCUGGAGUGGAUUUCCGGAACUCGGAAUGUUCAUGUUCAUUAUGACAUCACAAUCACUCAUGCUGUUUGGAAAUGAAUGAUCUGUGGAAACCCAGAGACACUUUAUUCACCAGUACUUUAAAAUUGCUGUCAUGCGUAAUCAAGUGGAAACCCUGAACAACAUAAGCAUUGUCAAGAAUGCACUUUGGAAGCAUCUCCCCAAUACUUUUUAGUAUUUAUAUCAUUUAAUCUCCUAAAAACUCAAGAAUGUUUUGUUUGAGAUUGAAGCCAGUAACAAGCUCAGAUUUCAAAUGUUUAUUUAUUUGAUUGUAUUUAAUGUGUUUAUUUAAUAUUUAUGCUAUUAAUGGAUUCAGCACAUGCGACUAGUUGUACAUUAAAUUGUAAUUUAUUAAAUGGAAAAUGUUAUUGUUUAAACUACUCUGCAUUCACAAAUACAAAAAUAUGUUUUGCCAAAGAUUAUUUUUGUGCAUUCAUUAUUAAAAAUUGUAGAAUGUA